AUGCCUGACUCGAUUCCUUGGGACAAGUUCGAUCAUGUUAAUUAUGCCUUUGGCGUACCUGACAACUCGGGCAAUUUGGGCCAGUUCAACGAGGAUCAACUAAAAUCCGUGGUGAAAGAGGCUCAUGAUAAUAACAAGACUAUCAGUCUGAGCGUUGGUGGAUGGACCGGGUCCUUGUAUUUUAGCUCCUUGGUUCGCACGGACCAGUCCCGUCGAUCGUUUGCCGAUAUUCUUGCUCAAGCAUGCCAGGACUAUGACCUAGACGGUAUUGACAUUGACUGGGAGUAUCCAAACAGUGCGAAUGGCGUUUCAUGUAACCAAAAUGACCCUGCAGAUACUCCCAAUUUCCUUCAGCUCCUACAACUGCUUCGAGUCAAGCUGGAUUCCAAAUUCGAUAAGAAAAAGCUUUUGACGGCUGCAGUCAGCACACUGGUUUUUAAUGAUGCCAAGCAAGAGCCAUUUUCGCAUCUUAGUCCUGGAUGGGCAACAGCUUUGGAUGCUGUUCAAAUCAUGGGCUAUGACUUGAACGGAUUUUGGAACAAUCACACUGGACCCAACUCGCCACUUUACUAUGGCGGCGUCAACCACGAGCCUAGCAUUGAUCGAGCUGUGCGCGCAUGGGCCAAAGCUGGAAUUCCACAUGAUCGUAUCGUUGUGGGCGUACCAUUUUUCGGUUACACUACCCGUGUCUCUCGAGCUGCCAGUCAGCGUGUCCAAUAUGUCACCAUUGACCACAGCCAGCCACAAAUUCAAGCCGAUCAAUACGACUCGGAAGAAGCCGAACCUUGUCCCGACACAGAUACCAAAUCUUUCUCAGGUGAAAUGCAAUGGCGAUCUAUCGACAAAACUGUGUUGGGCGACAACAGCACCGCGUGGGACGUCUAUUUCGACGAUAUCACAAUGACACCUUAUGCAUAUAAUGCACAACAGAAACAGUACUUGAGCUUUGACAAUCCACAGUCGUUGAAAGCCAAGAUCGAUUAUGUCAAACAGUACAACUUGGGAGGCAUGAUGCUUUGGUCUUUGGAAAUGGAUGAUGAGCAACAUACCUUGUUGAACGCUCUUCAGGAUCUUUACGAGUGA